GUUUGGCACAGCCUCUCGUCGCUGACGCACGCAAGCGAGUGCGGAAGCGGCCGUGGACAGCGGAAUGAUGAGAGGAGUGUCGAAGAGGAGGCAGAAUGUGCCAUCGCCGCCGCCGCCAAGUCUAAAACCGAAACCCAUAGAGCAGAAACCCAGUACACCACAAGUUUGUUCCACAGAAACCAACACAGAUUCAUUUUCGCUGUGGAGAAUCUGUUCUCGGCUCAUCUCAAUUUUAAAGUAUCUUCUUCUAAUCCUUGUGAUUCCACCAUUCCUAAAUUAUGCAUCCCUCCAGCGUGAAGGACCACUACUUCAGCCUCAAGAAGGUCAGCUGAUUGACAUUGGACUGGGUCAAAAACUAUAUUUGUCCUGCAUUGGGAAAGGACAACCUGUUGUAGUAUUUGAUGCUCCCACUGGUAUGUCUUCCGAUGUGUGGCUCUCGAUUCAAAAGGAUGUGUCCUUGGUAACCCAGGCCUGCAUAUAUGAUAGAGCUGGAUUAGGCUUCAGUAAGAAAGCAUUCCAGAAUGAAGAAACUAGACCGGAUAAACCAUGGGCACAGUCAACAACUGGAAGAAUGGUAGAUGAUCUGCACGGACUUGUCAUGGAAGCUAAACUACAGAGCCCUCUUAUUCUAGUAGGAUCUGAGCUUGGAACACUCAAUGCAAGAUUUUAUGCCCACAUUCACAAUUGGGAGGUUUCUGAUCUUGUUCUCAUUGAUCCAAUCCCUGAAGAACUAUUUAUGGAAGAUGUAUGGUUGCAGUACUGGUACAAUGAACUGAUCUUGCAUCAUCAGAUUCGACAGUUCUCUGCUGCUAUAGGUUUAAAUAGAAUGCUUUUAAUCACAGGCCUGCUUCAACCAGCAAUGACAGGGGAAAAUAUUUCAAAGGAGUUUGUGAUGAGACAGAAAUACUUGCUGAGCAAUCCAGCCCACCUUAGUACAGCUGUGGAUGAACACUUCUUUAUCAAUGAGAGCAUCUCCCAGGUCAGAGAUAUUUCACACUUUAAACCUCUAUCCAGUACAACUUCUGUUACGGUGAUCACUGGAGAUCAUUAUGAUGAACAGCUUCCUGAUUCUUUGAACAAGGUUGUGUUCCAGUUUCAGCAGCAAUUCAUUGCACAAAAUUAUCCCUCAGUCAAAUGGAUCAGAAUAAAAGAAACAGACAGACGGAUGAUCUACAGAAAGCCCAGUGAUGUUGCAAAACAUUUAAAGAAACUUAUAAACAAAAAGAGAGUCAAACAAGAGAGUCAGUAACUCAGCAUGUUCAAUGGUCUCCAGCAUUGGAAGAAGUUUAUAAUUCAGAAUCAAUAAACGUUUACAUUUGUUGAUGAA